CAUUCUUCUGUGUAAGUACAACUCAUAUGUUUAACUAUCUUAUUGUUUGUGUUUAUAAUUGUGCAGUUACGUGGGGAAAGGUUCAACUUCACUUCUUGUUUUUCUUCCAAGGUGCUCUUGCUAAUCAGGUCAGGUCAACUACUGGUGAGUUUUUGAUUGUGAGCGAACAUCUGCAUCUUAAUGUGACUGUUUUGUGUCAUGUAUCAAUCCAAGCGCCUGUCUCUGUUUCAGCUAACCAAUUAGCAGAUAUUCUACCUGCAAAGAUCCUGGUCCAACGAAAAACUAUAAGCGAGAAUAAUGACCUGUAUGUGACCUGCAGCACAGUUGGGUUCAAGAAACAAAACCAGGUUUAUGUUUAUUUAUGUCAGAAUGAUGUUGGGCUCAGAAAACAGCUGCAGAAGCAGGAUAAUGAUGAUAGCAUCUUCAUUAUAAAAAGGGUUGGUCUUCAUCACAGUGGAAAUUACAGCUGUGUUUUCUCCAGUACGGAGUAUGAGCCUCACCAGGUAGCCAUGAGAGGCGACAACGUCAUUCAGAUUCAGGUAAUAGCCAAUUAUGUCCCUGCAGAUAUUUCAGUGGCCGGGCCGUCCACUGUCAGCGAGGGAGAGGACGUUGAGCUCAGAUGUAGUGUUUCUACCAGCCUGCAAACACUUGAUGAAUGUCAGUUCAUCCACUCCUACCUAAUGAAGAAUGAGAGCAUCGUCCAAGUGGGAGAGUUUAGCGUCGCACGGAUGGAGGUGGCUUUCACCAUCGACUGUGCCGUCAUGAGGGAUUCGGGUCAUUACAGCUGUGUGGUGCUGCCCUCCAGCUGCAUCCAGGAGCACAAGAUAACACUGCAAGGAAAUAACGCAGUAUUACUCGAGGUCAAAUACUAUUUGUUCCUCCAAGUGAUGGUCUUCAGUUCAGUGAUAUUCCUGAUUUUAUUACUGACCCUGUGUCUGUGUUGCAUCAACAAAUCAGGUCAGAUGAUCAGACUCAACUUUGCAGUCAUCAUUUUGUGGUUAACAUCCAUUUUGAUUCUCCUGAUUUUAUUUCUUUCUCAUUUAACAGGCUGCUCAGUUUUGUGCAAACCACGGGUGGCGACUCUGCCGGCAGAUACAGAGAUGUUAGAGGAGCAGCUGGAGCAGACAGAGGGAGAUGAUCUGGAAUCACAAGAUGGUAUGUUGAUAAAGUGAUUACAGAGAAGGCAA